AUGACUUCGGCUCCAAGUAAUCUGUAUGCACAAUGCCUGGAAACGGCAAAUUUCAUCCGAGAUCGUGUUCCCGAGAAACUACGAUCUCCUGAGGUUGGUGUCAUCUGCGGUUCCGGCCUUGGUGGCCUGGCAGAUACUGUCGAGGAAGGAGAUAGAGUAGACAUUAGUUACUCUGAUAUUCCGAAUUUCGCACAGUCGACAGUUCAGGGUCAUGCCGGAAAGUUAGUGUUUGGUUACCUAGGUGGGAGCAAGACGCCAUCAGUCCUCAUGGUUGGUCGAGUCCAUUUCUACGAGGGCCAUAAUAUUGACAAAACUGCCUUCCCUGUCCGAGUUUUGAAGCUUCUUGGUGUUAAGGUCGUGGUUGUUACCAACGCAGCUGGUGGCCUCAAUCCUGACUUUAGGGUCGGCGAUAUUUGUAUCCUGAACGACCAUAUAAACCUCCCAGGUUUGGCAGGUAUCCAUCCCCUCCGUGGCCCUAAUGCUGAGGAAUUCGGUCCCCGGUUCCCACCACUUUCGGAUGCAUAUGACCUAGAGCUCCGCAAGUUCGCUCAUACCGCAUACAAAAAGCUCGAGUUAUCGAUUCCCUCUCGUAGACUCCACGAAGGCGUCUACGCCUUUGUCAGUGGACCUAGCUUCGAGACUCGCGCGGAAUGCCGAAUGCUCCGCACCAUGGGCGCCGAUGUCGUGGGUAUGAGCACUGUUCCCGAGAUCAUUGUUGCUAGACAUGCGGGUAUGAGAAUCUUGGCUAUGAGCCUUGUUACAAACCAAGCUGUCCUGGAACCUGGCCCCAGAGGAGAUGCACCUAUUGAAGGAGAUGUUCAAAAGAUUAUGGAGCUUGGUGCUGCAAACCACUUAGAGGUGCUGGAAGCUGGAAAGAUGGCAGCGAAUGAUAUGCAGAAUCUGGUCCGACUGGUUGUCGAUGAGCUACCAAAUAUUACGGAGAGGAGGCCAUUACCUGUUGAGGACCAGGAGUAG